UGCCCCGCGCGGCGGUGACGUCAGACACUAGCGCCCGGGCUGCUGCGCGCGCGUUCGUGAGGCCGCCCGCUCCUUUCCAUAGUGCCGAGCCCGCCGAAGAGUCGCCAUGAGCAAGGCCCACCCUCCCGAACUGAAGAAAUUUAUGGACAAGAAGUUAUCAUUGAAGUUAAAUGGUGGCAGACACGUACAAGGAAUACUACGGGGCUUUGAUCCCUUUAUGAAUCUUGUGAUUGAUGAGUGUGUGGAGAUGGCAACUAGUGGACAACAGAAUAACAUCGGCAUGGUGGUCAUACGAGGAAACAGCAUCAUCAUGUUAGAAGCCUUGGAAAGAGUCUGAACAAUGGCUGCUCAGCAGAGGAGUUCACAUCCUUCCCCAAAGGACUGUUUGACUGGGGUGUAUAAUUGGGUCAUGUACAUUUUCAUAAGAAACUUUUUGCUAAAUAAACCUUUGUGAUACUCA